CAAUUGCGCUCCAGGCCUGAAGGGGUGCUGUGACGUCACUGCGCUCAUAAGCGUCACUUCUUCUUCUCGUACUAGCGCUUCUCUGACCUCUGCAGACCGAGUGCGGUCCUGAACGCCAAGGAAAUGGUUCCUCCAGUGCAAGUGUCACCGCUGAUUAAGACAGCUAGAUGGUCUGCAUUGAUCGUUGGUAUUAUCUACGGAAAGUUCAGAUAUGAUAAUCUGAAACCAAUUGCGGAGGAGGAGAGGAGAAUAGAAGAGGAGGAGAAGAAGGUCCGAGAGGAGAAGGAACGCAUUGCUAAGCAGCUGGCAGAAGCUAUUGUGGAGAUCAAUCUUGAAGUGAGCUGCCCAAAAUGACACCUGUAUCGUUUCUAUUGUAAAGAUCAUGUUGUCAGUCUGGAUAAAGAAUAAUGUUUGUAUUCUGCCACUUUGGUUUUACAGUUCCCUUUUCACUGUUUUCUAAUAGAUCAUGCCAGAUUAAUGCCUCAGUGUGUGAAAUAAUAACUGAAUACAUGCAAAUAUGUGUAUAAAUUUCCUCUGAUCUGA